CGCUACCACGGUCUACCGGUGUUGUGCGAAAACUCGAAAGGAAGAGCACAAAAUCCCGGUGAGAGAAGAAAAAGCAUUUGAAUUUUGCCGUAUAUACCAAAGAAUGCCUCAUUCCGAAUCUACAACAAUGGCUAUCGCUGUUUCUAAGACCCCCUCCACCGUCCCCCCGACCUUGGAGGAGAUCUCAUCGCUCUUCAAUACCAUCUUCACCGCCGAAACUUCUCAGCAGUCUCUCGAUGGAUCCUACGCCUUGACCAAUUUAUUGAUCCAAAGUGUCGGCUGUUUCGGCUUUCAGAAAUACGAUAUUUUGCCCCAAAUCAAGAAGGCCGCUGCCGAUAAGAAAAAUGGCGCCCGGCGAGAAAGUGCCAUGCUGAUCCUUGGCGCUUUGUUCGAACGCUUUCCCCGCGAACACCCCCUCAGCGAAGUCGUCUUCCUCCUUCAAGACGGCGGUGUCCUGGGCAUUGCCUUGGACGCGUUGGCCGACAAAGGUGCUGUGGUACGCGACGCCGCUCAGUACGCGAUUGACGCCUUGUUUGUUUGCCUCAAGCCCGAGGCGUUGGCCAAUGCUCUGCUCCCUGCGCUCUCUGCCUACCUCAGCCGCGGUUCCGGCAAGUGGCAGGGCUUUGUCGGAGCGUACUCCCUGAUCGAGAAAAUGGCUGUCAAGGCGCAAAUGGGCAAUGGAACCAUGGAAGAAGAGCGUGAAAAAGAUCUGCUGCGUGAAGCAAUGGGCAAGACUCUGAAGGACUUGAUUCCCUUGGUCGAGUCCGGCAUGCACGACCUGAAGGCCGAAGUGGCCAAGCGUGCUUGCAAGGCCAUGAACGCGGUGACUACUCUUUUGUCGAACGACGAUGUUGCCCCUCGUAUCCCCCUUUUGAUCAAGACAAUGGAGCAGCCCUCCGAGAAGACCCUGCAGGAUGCGAUCCAUGCCUUGUCGCAAACUACGUUCGUGGCUAUCGUCACCUCGCCCGUCCUUGCCUUGCUCACCCCGCUGCUCGAACGCUCCUUGAACGCCCCAACGACACCUCAGGAGACCCUUCGCCGCACCGUCGUGGUCGUGGAGAAUUUGACAAAACUGGUGCAUGACCCCGCUGAGGCGCGCACCUUCUUGCCGAAGCUUAAGCCUGGUGUGCAAGGUGUGAAGGAUCGUGCUUCCCUGCCAGAAGUCCGUGAGCUUGCCACCCGCGCACUGGAUGUGAUGGAGAAGGCCAUGAGUGAUAGCAAUGUUCAUGCCGGAUCUGUUACCAAGGCCACCCCAGACGAGGUCCUCGCCGUUCUCGAUUCUCAGAUUCAGGCAAACGGUGGACUUGUUGUGCCGGAGGGCCAGACGCUCUUCGCGCUCGCUAAGACUUACAUUGCCGAGAUGGUUCGUGAGGAUGUGAACUGCCGCAUGCACGACCGAAUCCCGGCAUGCGUCGCCCCGUAUCUGCGUGGUUUGCUCCAGGACGAUAAACACGACGCGGUCGCCUCCGCUGUGCAGGCCCAUUUCAUCGAGGAAGAUGAGCGCAAGUUUGGCAAGCCCGAGCCCGAGGACCCCAAUGAGGUGGAAAUCGUCAACGCGAACUUCUCCCUCGCCUACGGUGGAAUGCUCCUCCUCAACCACACAAACCUCCGUUUGUUAAAGGGGCACCGAUAUGGUCUCUGCGGCCGGAAUGGAGCGGGAAAGUCCACCCUCAUGCGCAGUAUCGCCAACGAGAAGCUGGAGGGCUUCCCCCCACAGGAUGUUGUCCGAACCUGCUUUGUGGAACAUAAUCAGGGUGAAGAUGCUGACUUGAGCAUCCUUGAGUAUGUCUCCAAGGAUCCCAAGAUCGCGGAGACCGGCCAGGAGCAUAUUAGCAAGGUUCUUCUCGAAUUCGGCUUCACGGAUGGCCCCGAGGGCCGCCAGUCGCAGCGAGUUGGUUCUUUGUCCGGUGGUUGGAAAAUGAAGCUUGCGUUGGCCCGUGCCAUGCUCCAGAAGGCCGAUGUCCUUCUCCUGGACGAACCGACCAAUCACCUGGAUGUUGCCAAUGUGAAGUGGUUGCAGGAGUAUCUGAAAAGCCACACCGACAUCACCAGUUUGAUUGUCAGUCACGAUUCUGGUUUCCUGGACGAGGUCUGCACGGAUAUCUACCACUAUGAAAACAAGAAGCUGGUGUGUUACAAGGGCAAUCUUGCCGCAUUCGUCAAGCAGAAACCCGAGGCCAAGAGUUAUUACACCUUGUCCGCCAGCAUCAUCCAGUUCAAGUUCCCUCCCCCUGGUAUUCUGUCCGGUAUCAAGUCCAUGACCCGUGCCAUUCUCCGGAUGACUAACUGUUCCUACACCUACCCUGGAGCUUCCAAACCGUCCCUGUCGGACGCAUCGCUCACCCUGACUCUGUCAUCCCGUGUCGCCAUUAUUGGAGGAAACGGUGCUGGUAAAUCCACCUUCAUCAAAAUGUUGACCGGAGAGACGAUUCCUCAAACCGGCAAAGUCGAGAAACACCCCAAUCUCCGUAUCGGUUACAUCAAGCAACACGCUCUCGAGCACGUCGAGAUGCAUUUGGAGAAGACUCCAAGCCAGUACCUGCAGUGGCGAUAUGCGAAUGGCGACGACCGUGAAGUUUACCUGAAGCAAACCCGUAUUCUCACCGAAGAGGAUAAGGCUCAGUUGGAGAAGCCGGUCGAUCUCGGUGAUGGCAGGGGCCCCCGUCGCAUUGAGGCACUUAUGGGUAGACAGAAGUGGAAGAAGUCAUUCCAAUAUGAAGUGAAAUGGAUUGGUCUCCUCCCCAAGCACAACACCAUGAUCUCCCGUGAGACCCUUCUUGAGCUUGGAUUCUUCAAGCUGGUCCAGGAAUUUGAUGAUCACGAAGCUUCUCGCGAGGGUCUCGGUUUCAGAAACCUGGAACCUGCGGAAAUCUCGAAGCACUUCGAGGAUGUUGGUUUGGACCCUGAAAUUGCAAAUCACAACCAGAUCUCCGGUCUCUCUGGUGGUCAGAAGGUCAAGGUCGUGUUGGCUGGAGCUAUGUGGAACAACCCUCACUUGUUGGUGCUGGACGAACCCACUAACUUUUUGGACCGCGACUCUCUGGGUGGCCUCGCUGUUGCUAUCCGCGACUUCAAGGGUGGUGUGGUUAUGAUUUCUCACAACGAGGAGUUCGUGGGAGCCCUCUGCCCUGAACAGCUUCACGUUGCCGACGGCCGGAUCGUUGCCCGGACCAACACAGGCGUGGCGCUCGAUCGGUUCGAAGACAGCGCUACCAAUUCGCCCCAGACCGGUACUGCAGCUAACUCCACGACCACUAGUGCUGCUGCUUCGGCUGUGAACUCCGGCGCCGAAGAACAGGGAGAGCUCAAGUUCAAGGCGAGAAAGAAGAAGAAGAUGACUCGUGCCCAGCUGAAGGAGCGGGAGACUCGUCGGCGUCUCCGUCAUAUCGAAUGGCUGAAUAGUCCGAAGGGUACCCCCAAGCCUCCGGAUACUGACGAUGAGGCUUAAUAAUUCUCAUUGUUUAUACCAUCUUUCGGUACCUGCGCCGCUGUGUGAACAGCGUGAUGAUUUAUUUGCUUUGUUCAUUGAUGAUAGAAGGACUGGCGUUGUUGCAUAUAUUCUUGGUUUUUCAUCUUUCGGCGGGUUGCUCUUCAUAGAUGACCAUUUAUGUCACAUAGAGAUGUCAGAGAUUUUUGUAGUUAAAUCUGACUAUGAUCUUGCUUCGAAUCAGUUAACAGCUUAGCGUAACCUCUCGGAUGAGAGGCUAGUAACCAUGACUUUCCCUAUCUUUUAGGAUCAACCUAUCGUCCAUGUUCGGGUAAGCCGCAGUCUAGACUCGACUCCCCAUCAGAUGAC